AUGGCCGGCCGAUUUGUCCGCGCGUCGAAAUACCGACACAUCUUUGGGAAGCCCACCAAGAAAGACAUCUGCUAUGACAACCUCCACAUUAGUCGCAAUGCCUGGGAUACCAACCUCGUGAAGGUCAACCCCGAGUACCUUUCCGUCAAUUGGGAAUCUAGCGGAGGCGGCGCUUUUGCUGUCAUUCCCCUGAACGAACGAGGAAAGGCCCCCGACCAAAUACCCCUCUUCCGAGGCCACACUGCUGCUGUGCUGGACACAGACUGGAACCCCCACAACGACCGCAUUAUUGCUUCAGCGUCCGAUGAUGGCAAGGUCUUCAUCUGGGAGGUGCCGCAGGGUUUCACUCUGCUCACCGAUGCCGAGGAGAUCACUGAUGUGUCGCCUGUUAGCAAGCUGACCGGCCACUCGAGGAAGGUCGGCCAUGUACUCUUCAACCCCGCCGCCGAGAAUAUCCUUGCGUCCUCGUCUGGCGACAUGAGCAUCAAGCUGUGGGAUGUUACCACUGGGCAAGCCGCCAUUAACCUGAAGCACCCGGAUAUGGUGCAAAGUCUGUCUUGGAGUGCCAAUGGUGCCAUGUUAGUGACCACCUCGAGAGACAAGAAGUUGCGAGUGUGGGAUGUGCGUCAGGAGAAGACGGUCCACGAAUAUGCGGGUCAUGAGGGCGCCAAAAACAGCCGCGCAGUGUGGCUCGGCGAGCACAACCGCAUUGCCACCACUGGCUUUUCCAGAAUGAGCGAGCGACAAAUUGGCCUGUGGGAGCCCGGCCGCAAAGACCCUAUUGGCGGCUUCACCUCGCUCGAUUCUAUCUCUGGUGUUUGCAUGCCUUUCUGGGACGACGGAUCCAACUGCCUUUAUCUCGCCGGCAAAGGCGACGGCAACAUUCGCUACUUCGAAUAUGAGAACGACAAAUUCGAGUUCCUGUCCGAAUACAAGUCGGCCGACCCGCAGCGCGGAAUUGCUUUCCUGCCUCGCCGCGGCAUCAACGUCCACGAGAACGAGGUUAUGCGCGCCUACAAGACCGUCAACGAUUCAUACGUUGAGCCCAUCUCAUUUACCGUACCCCGCCGUGCCGAGACUUUCCAGUCCGAUAUUUUCCCUCCCGCCACCGGCCUCAAAGCUGCCAUGUCCGCCAAAGAGUGGUUCGAUGGCAAGACUGCCGUCCCGCCCAAGAUCGACCUUGAGAGCAUCUAUGACGGUAACGCGCCGGUCGAAGUUGCGGCCGACUACAAGCCGCCCGCAGCCACGCCUGCUCCCGCCCCGGCACCUGCCGUAGCCCCGAAGAAGGAGCCCGAGCCGGCUCCGGCUCCGACUCGCGCCCCUGCUACCAUGGCCGACCAGAAGGUUUCCAUGUCGGCCAUGGCGAACAAGUUCCAGGACAAUGAGGAGGAGGAGGAGGCGGACGACGGCGCCGAGACGUCGAGCUUCGAGGAGAUCGGGCGUCCCGCGCCUCGCGCCACUAUCCCCGUUCGGUCUGCCGCCAAGCCGCAGCCCGUUGCCACUACCGUGCCGCCUGUCCAAGUGAAGCCUGCAUCGCCUGUUAAGUCAACGCAGGCAUCGCCUGCUUCUGUCUCCCGUGUUGCCCCUGCGGCCUCUUCCACGGCAGCCGCUCCCCCGACCCCGGCUGUCGAGGCAUCGCUGGGCGAGAUCAAGCAGCUCAUUGAGCAGCAGGGCAAGGUUAUCACAGAGCAGAGCGAGAAGAUCACUACCCAGACCCAGAUCAUCACCCGCCUCGCCUCGGAGGUUGAGACGCUCAAGAAGAGAGUCAACUCCGGCUCGCAAGACCAGAGCGAGCGGAUCCGGCAGCUGGAGCUGGAGCUGGAGGCUGCUCGGUCUUGA